ACGUGCCAUUUUAGCUCUGAAUAUUUUUCAAAAGAAAGCAUCCGCUGGUUCUCUCAAGGCAUCCUCAUCAGCUAGCUCUUGAACUUUCCCAAACCUACAGAAUGGCAAGAGAAACGAAAGGAAAUCCUAUGAAUCCAAGAAAAAAAGUGGCAACCAGAGCAGCUAUGAGCAGCAAAAACAAAGAGCAAUCAGGAGAACAAUGCCAACCCAAAGCUCCUUGCAACAAAUUCCAACAACUUCCAGAGGCUUUGGUCUUGGAAAUCCUCUCAAGCCUCUCCAUCAAGACCCUCUUGAAUUGUAGGUGCGUGUGCAAAGACUGGCUUUCUAUAAUUUCUGACCCUCAAUUUACUAAGCUCCACUCUUCAAGAUCACCCGUUGGCAUCUUGAUCAAGACCUACCCCCCUAUAAGAAAAUCAAGGAAACUUGAUUUUACCCAUAUAGAAGAUUGUGCUGGUUCUGAUUUGCUGCUUGAGAAAAUAAGGUUUAAUCCCCAAAACAGCCUACCCAUUGGGGCCAUGCCUGAAUUUCGUUUAAUAAACUCAUGUAAUGGUUUGCUCUGUUUGUCUGGACCCAAUAGAGAUUACCCAUGUUUUGUGUGCAAUCCAAUUUUGGGUGAGCACAUCAGUAUCCCUCCUACCAAUCUAAGUAGAAACAAGUGCUUUUUUGUUGGGCUUGGUUUUAGCAAUGGGACCAAUGAGUACAAGUUGUUGCAAAUGACCAAUGGCAUUGAGGCUGAGAUAUACACCAUUGGUACAGGAGUGUGGAGAAGUGUUGGAAAUGCUCCUGGGGAUAUUGAUCAGUUACCCUUCAAUCCUUUUCUGCACGGAGCUCUUCAUUGGGUAUCCUAUAGUAGCACAGUUCCUGAUUUUAUACAUUCUUUCGACUUCGAAAGAGAACAAUUUCAACCACUGCCUGUGCCUAGCUUACUGGGAAAUCGAUUUUCAGAUUGUUAUAUAUUGGAAGUGGUAGGUGGGUGUCUCUGUUUAUCUGUGUUUGAUGAUGAUUAUAGCAAAUUCGACAUGUGGGUUAUGAAGGAGUAUGGUGUGCAAGAGUCUUGGACUAAAGUUCUUGUUUUCGGAAACUUGUAUGAGUGUCCAGAGGAACGAAUCUGUCAUGUGUAUGAACCAAUUAUGUUUUUGAGGAAUGGGGAAAUCCUGCUGUUGUUCAAUAAUUGUGCUGUUGUUUGUUAUAAUCAAGAAACAAAGAGUUUCAGGGAAAUAAGAAUUACUUGGACUCGGUCACCAUUUGAGGCAAUUGCUUACAGUCCAUCCUUUGUUUCCCUCUACAAUGUUUCAAAAGGAGAAGAGGUGAAGAGGGUACGACGCGGUAAGAAAUUGGGUAAGAGAUCUGGAAAGCUGCUUUUGGAAGGGAGUUAUGAGUGUGCCGGCUCUGAUAUGCCACCCCACAAGUCGACAAAACUCAACUCAGGCUAUGGAUGCCUUGCUUUUGAGGAGGGUCUUCCUUGAGCCAUAAAUCCUCUCUGGAUUUAACUCGGAGGAUAAGGACUGCAUUCACUCUAUGCGGUGGCCACUUGGGUUAUGUUGUAUGAGGUUAAGGUUCCCAAUGUGCCAACAAUGUUUCGAGUCUUUUGACGACACCGGUUCCUCAUGAGAGCUUCUCGAUUGCUUGUAUAUAGGUUUUUGUAAUACCCAAGUAGCUCUCCUUUUGUUCUUCAGAAUAGACAGAAAAGGCAGCAUUUUUUUGUAUAGCUAUUAUAGUAACUCUGCCCCUAUAGAUCAAUCUGCAAGUGAUGACUUGUCUAGACAAAAACCUGGUUGAAACUUCUGUAAAACUUUGUAUCAA